AUGACGAAGCAGAUUGAUCCUUCCAAGUACAAAGUGACAGUGAUUAGCCCCCGCCCGUACUUCUUGUUCACGCCGUUACUGACAGGUACCAUUAGUGGCAGCCUAAGCAUGCGUGCCAUUAUGGAACCUAUCCGCAGCCGACUCUUGUGGGGUCGUAAACGUCGUGUGAUUCAAUACGUGAAGGCCGAAGCGGUCGACAUAGACACUGAGAAACACGUCGUCCAUUGUAAAGACAACGAGGGAGAUCCACUCGAGGUCGGUUACGAUCAACUAGCCAUCGGGGUUGGUAGCGUGACCAACACCUUUGGUAUACCUGGCGCACAAGAGCACUCUGUGUUUGUCAAGGACAUCGCAGACGCCGUGAAGAUCAAGGCUGAUCUCCUCAAUCUCUUCUGCAAUGCAGAGAAAAGGCUGAGGAACUAUCAAAAAGGAAAGGACCAAGGUGGUAAGGACCAAGGUGGUAAGGACCAAGGUGGUAAGGACCAAGGUGGUAAGGACCAAGGUAGUAAGGAAGAAAUAAACAUUGUAGUUGUUGGAGGUGGUCCGGCUGGAGUGGAGACAGUGGCGGAGAUAAACGACUUGAUCCGGAAUGAGUUAAGAGUACAGUUUCCGGAGUUGGCAGAGAAGGCUAAGAUUACGAUUGUGGAGAUGUUGGAUAGAUUGUUGCCUCAGUUUAAAAAGCCGAUUUCGAAGUUUGCUACGGAGAAGUUGGAGACAGCUCCGGGGGUCGUAACGUUAUUGAGGCACCAAGUACAGAAGGUGGAUGAGAAGGCGGUGCAUCUAAAGGCAUUAGGUACGGAUGAGGAGAAGGUGAUUCCGUAUGAGAUGUUGGUUUGGGCGUCAGGAGUUGGUCAGACUUGUUUUGCGCGGAAGUUAUUGAUGAAAUUGCAGCCUGAAAAUCGCGUGCUCAAAGUGGAGCCUGAUCUGCGUCUGCAGGGCUGCGAAAGAGUAUUUGCAUUUGGAGAUUGCGCCAUGGUCUCACCACCGUCACUGGCUGAUCAUGCUGACGUAUUUUUUUCGGAGGCCGUCAAUUCCAAUACUGGUCCAUGUGUGGACUGGUUAAUGAAGAACCGAUUGCGAUUAUUGAAGCUCAAUUAUGUACAACUGGACAAACGUCAAUGGCGGUUGAAAGGGACACUCGAGAGGUGGCCUCUCCAUCAGAAGUUAUCUGUCGCACAAUUCAAGAGCUUACUUAAGGAACUCGACGAUGGCUACAAACCACCAAUUCCAACGGCACAAAUCGCUAAACAAGCCGGAGGCUAUCUAGGAACCAGUCUUAACAGAGCUAUGAGUAAACCAAAGCUCAUUCCUCAUUUACCAUUCAGUCCUAGUGAUAGUGGUGCUAUGUCUUAUAUCGGUGAUGGAAAUGCUGUGCUCAAUAUCAACAUCAGAAAAAAUACACCAGCACCAAAGGGCUUCACCAUCUUUGGGGGUCGUGGCAGUAAACUUCUAUGGCAUGGCUACUACUGGCUAAACCAGUCCAGCUUCUAUAACAGACUACUCUCCUUCACCGACGUCAUCCUCGCCGGCUCCAGAGACCUCAGUGGCGAACCACAGUGCCCAAAGCAACAUGGGCCUCCCUGA